GGGAGUGAGUAGGCCGUUCAAUGUUGCGAAAGUGUUUACGCUUGUUGAUUGUCCUGUUCAGUGUGUUUGUAAUUGGAAUUUAAGAACGCAUUUUGUGUUAUUUAUGCGUUGUAUUUGAAUUGUAGCUGCGAGAGUUGCCAGAAUUAUUUAUUUCUUUGGACAACCCGUUUUAGUAUGUCUGAAACAGUUGAUUACGUUAAAAGUUUGUCCGAUGAUGAGUUGUACAACGAGCUUAGGGAGCGUGGAUUUCCAGCAGGGCCUGUUGUUGCGUCCACUAGAAGUUUGUACAAACGUAAGCUUACUCAAAUACUGGAAGGCUUCCUUGUUGCUGAUAAGCAAACACCAUCGCAGCAAAAUGAUGUUGGAGAAGGGUUGACUCAGCCUAAGCAAGUGAAUGAAAAACCCUCAUUCCGUCAUGACAGUAAAUCAGGAGACACCAGAGUAAGAACAAGUCCAUCAUACAGUCAUGGUGAUGAGCGUUUAGAAAAAUCAAGCUCAUCUCUGUCUAACACACAUACAUUUCAAAGAGCAGAAAGGAGAUAUGAUGGGGUGAGUCCACAAUCCCCAAGGAGCAGUUCAUAUCUCAAUACAGUGAGAGGUUUAAAGAAUAAUGACAUUGAUAAGCCAAGUCCAUCUUGGAUGUCAGUAGAUUCGGCACUUGCACAACCAGCAACUUCAUCUCCGUGGAAGACAUAUGGAUCUUCCAAAGAUGAUCCCCAUAGAAAACCGGAUUUCGGAAUACCACGGCGUACUACAUUUUCACAAGAAACUGAAGAAAGUCCAGGAUAUUCCGCAAGACAGAGGUGGUCUUCUUCAGAUGCCUCUCCAGCUGCUCGGCAAGAGAUGGCUUCUCGGUACAGAUUUCCGGGAUAUUCGGACGGAAAAUCUUCUGUGUUGAACAGGUAUAAUCCAGAAAGGCAGAGAAAACAGUCUCGCAGUUUGACAGUGCGAGUUACUUUAUUCAUAACCCUAGUCUUAGCUGCCGUUGCGCUAGCUUACAUGUUAUACAGAGCAUGGUAUGAAAAUGAUCCUUACCAACAGAUAGAACAGGAUGUGAUGAAAAUCAUUGAAGGUAGCAAAUCGAAGGACAGUCGGAAAUAGAAUGCGGCUAAGCAUCCAACUUCAUAUCAGAUAUCUGAACACAUGAACACAUGUGUGAGACUGUAUUCUGUAAAUUGAUUAUUGAAGAAGAGGGAGAUUAUGUUCUGUAGUUGAAACAAAACGUGCUAAUAAAAAAUUCAUUCUCUUUCUUACAUGUAAUAAAACUAAUGGGAGACAGGAAAUAUGCAAUAGAAAGUGAAAUUUCCGUGCUCACUGCACGGUGUUAAAAUUUUGUUGAGGUCGGUGACCGUAUUAACCAGUUCUCAAAUUUACCCGAUAGAAUUCAAGAACUGUCGAGAAUAUAAAUCUUAAAACUAUACCAUAUUGUUUAGAGUGCCUUUAAGUCAAUUAUUGUUUAAUAUUAAAUAUAAGUAAUCCGUUAUUAAUUUAAAAGAUCCGAAGAAUGUUACUGAAUUGCAGUUUUUUGUGUUGCUAUGUACAUUUUAUGGUGGAGUGAUAUGCAAAAAUUGAGGAUGAAUUUAAUGUGCGCUUCUCAGUUUAGAUGAUGUGUGAAAAUAUUUGGGCACUUUCAGUUAAGUCAGUUGCAUCGUCUUCAAUACGUUGCUAAAUUUUCUGUCAACAUGCUUAUAUUUUACGAUGAUGUAUAUGUGAUCAUUACAUUUCAUUUCUGAGACGAAA